AUGGAAGUUGCCAAGGAUAGCGAGGCGACCGUGGCCCCUAAGAAGGAGGUCCUUACCGGUGAAGGAGAUCAGAUCAUUCUAGAUGAAGCAGCUCCGUCUCUAGAAGGGACAGGAGCCCCAUCCAACGAGACAGUCUCUACCAACGAUGAAAAACUGCCGGCCCAGAUAAGCGAAGUCCAAAAAGUCGCGUUAAAGACCAAGGGGGAUCUGGAGCAACGAUACAUUCGUUUGCUUGAGCUUCGCAUUGCGCAGCUUGAAGAGCUUGUGGAUGUGUCUGACGAUGAGAUGCGGUCUGUCACUGCUACUGGUCAGACUGAAGAAUCUGACGAGGAGGGAGACGAGGAGGAGAGGAAACCCGAUCAGACGAGAGAUGCGGACACGAAAGCAACAAAGGACGAUCGAGAAAACGCGGAGACGUCCGAAAAGGCCGCUGCGCCUCCCCGCUUGCGAGAUCUCACGGCUCGUUGGAAUGAUGACGAUUCGGCCUACGACGACGAAGACACGGAACCGGCCAAGUCUGCUCAGGACAUCAAAGCUGCCGACGACGCUACUGAUACGGACAAGGCCAAGACUGGUGAUGAUGCCAAAGAUACUGACAAGGCCAAGAGCGGGACAGAUAAAUUUGAGCCUACGAUCUUUCGCCGUUACAUGCAGGAGCACAACCCAAAAAAGGUCAGCUAUCACGAGAUCGAGAUCACGUCGCCAGAAUUGAAACGCAUUUACUAUGCAGCCUCUUUCACUGCCCGAGAGGAAACCACAUCUGACUCCGAGCCCUUGACCUUGACCAGCCCAUUUACAGACUUCCUGUGGAAUUGGACCGAGUUUGAAGCAGCCUGCAAACCAGCCGAGGGCGAUAGCGAGGAAAAGGCCUUGGCCAGGGAAGAUCUCAAGCAGCUCCUGGGACUUGUCCGACAGACACAGACAGACACCUAUUUCAAGGCACGGGACACAUACUUGCCCAAAGGCGCUCUCCCAUUCGAGUAUCUUUGGACAUUGUUUGCGCCAGGCACCAAAGUCUGUGCCAAGACCUUCUUGGACGAUAUGCAUAUACUGGAAGUUAGAAGCUGCACAACGCCCCCGACCGGAGAGAUCAAAGGACCGGGCAAGGAACUCCGAGUACAUUGCAUAGGCCUCGACUGGGAUGGCAACAAUUUUGGACCUUUUGAGUACACCUUUGUGAUUAAGAAGAAUACCGAGCAGUCUGACAAGAAGGAAAUGCAAAUUGACGCUCUUGAGGUGUAUCCACUGCAAUACCAUUCGAACCAGCAAGGCUUGCGGCAAGACCUGCUCCAGAGAGGCGAGAGAUUCUGGCACAUGUGUCGACCGGAAAAGUAUCAGCACGAUUACAAAGGAUCAAUCCUGACAGUGAAGCAAUCCCAGGCUGCCAGAGCACAAAUGCUCGCCUCCCGAGACGCAGACGAUGACACCACAUCCACGUUCAGCGGCAUGGAGGAGACUGGUGGCUCAGGCUCCUCCAGAAAGGAGUAUCUGGGACAGGUCAUCGUUGAUGCCUUCUCGUUCCUGCGAGCACAAGACGAUGUCUCUGCAUCUGGCCCGGAGCCGCCACUCGGCGAGCGCGAAGUGAAGCCCUACACGGAGUAUGAUUGUACUUGUAACGCAUGCCUGCGAUCUCCCAUCAUACGCUGGCACAAGCAAUCUGCCGGCACAACAUCCGCUCUCAAGAACUACACUCUCUUUGCACAGAAAGAUGGCAAAAAUGGGGAUGUCGAGCAUCGUCUGAUGAUGUGCCCACCCCGUGUGCUUGGCUACGCGCUCAAAGUCAAAACAUGGGCGCAGUUCCGAGUGACAGCGUGUACUGAAAUUUCUACAGAAGGAGAUACACGAAGGAACUACUUUCAGAAUCAGCUACAGCUGGAGGAAAAGUACAAGCAAAUGCUCUUAGCAUUUGUCAACAGCCACCAAUCCUCGCGACACACGGAUUCUGCUACUCGCCAGCAAGAUGGAGAGAGUGCCAUCCCCAAAUCCCUCGACGUCAUUGAAGGCAAAGGCAAAGGGCUGGCCAUCUUGCUGCAUGGUCCUCCCGGAGUGGGAAAGACGUUGACGGCAGAAACCAUCGCCCUCGCCACCGGAAGACCUCUCCUCGUCGUCUCCGUCGCUGAGGUCGGAACCAAAGCAGCCAACGCCGAGUCGCGGCUCAACAUCUUCUUCGCCAUUGCCGCGCGGUGGGGUGCCAUUCUCCUCAUCGAUGAAGCCGAUGUCUUUCUCGAAGAACGUGUCCGCACCGACAAUCCCGAACGCAACAUGCUCGUGUCCGUCCUCUUGCGAAGUCUGGAAUACUACGAAGGCAUCAUCUUCCUCACCACUAACCGCAUCCGAUCCAUCGACGUCGCCGUGCAAUCGCGCAUGCAUUUGGCCAUUCAAUACAAACGCCUCUCGCAGGCACAGAAAGCUGCCAUUUAUCGCAAUCUCCUCGAUAAAAUCCCCGACGCCUUCAUCAAGGGCGAUCGCGAGAUCAUGUACAAGGAUAUUAACAAGACGCUCUGUCGUCGCAAUGAGAUGAAUGGGAGACAGAUUCGGAAUAUUGUCUCGGCGGCGCUGGCGCUUGCGAAGGAGCGAGGGAGGAAUGGAAGCACCGGAGACGCGAGGUUGAGGAUCUCGGAUUUGGGAAAAGUGCAUGAGGCGACGACGGAUUUCUUGGGUAGUUUGAAGGAUACCUUGAAUAAGGCACGACAGAGGAAUGAGGCUGCUGAGGAGGAGGAUGAUGAUGAUUAG